AUGGAUAAUCGUAUAUCCGAAGAAUCAAAUCGAAAAAUCGUUUCACCAACAUACGAAAUGCAAACGAACGAAAAUGAACAAAACAGCAUCAUCGAAACACCGGCUAAACCAGCACAAGCUGUUCAACAAACGCGUACUUUAGCUCAGAUAAGAGAACAACUUGCUUUGAAACGAAAAGCUUCUGCUUUAGCAGCUUCAAAUUCCGUUUCAUCGACGAUAAAUAAUUCUCCUGGUAGUCCAGCAUUAAAUAGCAUUAAAACUGAAUCUAGAUUACACAAUGAACCCAUUCAUCGAACAAUGUCAUCUCCCACUAUCAGUCAAUCGGUAAUUUCAACCAACACUCAACAAUAUCCAACAUCAAAUAUAAUCUUACCUGCAUCUUUCCUGGCAAAUCAAUCGUCAACUAAUUCUUUUCUUUUGAAUACCGAUAAUCGCAAGCAACAGCAGAGUUCUACCUCACACUCAUUGUUUGACGAGUUUUCUGAAACAUUUGAUCCGUUUACUGAGUCUAUGCUCGACAACAUAAGUGCGUCAGCAGCAGUUCACUCAAGCUCACAACCGAAUUCGCAGCAACAUCUUCAUCGUCAACAACAACAACAGCAGCCGAUCGAUUCAAACUCUCAAAUAUCUCUUGAUUUCGAUAGUAUUCUGCAAGAACUCAAAUCCGUUGGACAAGCGCAUCAAGUCGAUUCACAGACAACAAUGAUCGUAGAAAAUAUCACCACCCACAUCAAACAGGAGUUUCAAAGUGAUUCGUCUCAAAAUCAAACCCUUCAUUCCACCGAAACAUUGUCACCAGUUAAAUAUCAGUCUUCAUCCGAUGAUCUCUUGGCAUUUCUCUCUUCUGAUCCUACAGCAUCAUUACCGAGCAUAAAUACGAUGAUGCUAACAACAAUUCCAGCAUCUUCCAUCACGACAUCACCGGUUAGCACACCAAAAAAGAAGGGUACGAAAUCAGCUAAUGCAUCACCGCGUGUCAAAAAAGAAAGUGGAGCAAUUCUGAAAGGCAAAAAAGUGAAGAAGCCGAUUCUCGAUGGCGAAUCGUUACAACAAAUUUUAAUCAAAACCAACGGUGAAUUCGCUGAACCAAUGCAUAUCGUUCUUGCAUCGCCUGUCAAGCAUCAACCAUCGACGACAUCUUAUUCACCAAUUGCACCAGCAACGAAUAAAAAAACUAACAAUGAAUCCACAUCGAGCUGGUUGACUACGAACAUUUCUCAACCUACAAAGAAUGCUCAAGCGCUUGCUUUGAGAGCAGUUGUAAAAAAUCAAGGUGCAAAGGUCAAUUUUCAACAACAAUCUAUGGACACUGGUAAUUACGAUUCGACAUUGUCACGUCCGACUUUACUUGUUGCACGCAAUGAUUCGUCAGGAUUAAGUAAUCCUCAACAACAAACGUUACAGGCUCGUUUGAAUGCCUUCGUAGUCAACGUUCCCCAACAACAACCAGCCAAAUUACUUCCUACAGCAACUGCGACAUUAACACCUCAACAGCAUGUCUUCUUUCAACAGCUUAUCCGCCGUGAAUCACCAACAACAACGACGACUAACGCAUUAGAAUCCUCGACAACAACCAUUGGAAAUCUCGUUCAACAACAAGCAAUAUCUACCACUGUUCGUGUGCCAACAGCCACAUCAACAACGACAUUUAUUCCUCAACAACAAAUUCCAACGCAUAAAGUUCAGCAAAUACCCAAUGGAACCGAUUUAGCACGCAAACAACAACUAUUCGAUGCGCUCGCAGCAUCCUUAGCCAAUAGUCGAGCAAUGAAUUAUAAAUGUACAUGUGAAUGUAAACCAUUGAUUGCUUGUAAAAAAUGCGGUGCAUAUUGCCAUGAUGAUUGCAUUGGCCAGACGAAAUUAUGCGGCAAUUGCCUCGUGAUGACAUCUUGUUAG